AUGUGGGGUUCGUUAAACCUUCUUUAUCACACACACACACACACAUCGGCGCAGGGAGGACUGAGGGAGCGGGGAAACAAAAAAAAAAAAAAUACGGAAGAAGACGCUCGUAGGACUCUGGCGAUGCGAUCCCUGAAACUAGUGGGCACGGAUGUGGCAGAUAUCGACGUGGCUCAAGCAUGCAUGAACCAUGCUCUCACACGAGUGGAACUGGAGAAUUGUGACCGUGUGACGGAUUUGAGUGCGUUGGCGACUGUCCCGACGUUGGAGGAGGUGCACAUCCGUGACUGUAGACGGGUGCGAUGUUUUGGACCUUUGGGGCAAACACAAACGACGCUCCGAAAACUUGUCUUGUCAGGAACGCCAGUAACGAAAGCGCAACUGCGUGAAUUGACGCGUUUGGGGCAAAUGGAACUUGUCGUUGAUAAUUGUGGGGACGAUCCGAAAUUGGAAAGGCCCGCUCAAUCUCUCGUCAAGUCUUCUAUUGACAUGAUUCGAGAAGUGGCGGGACGGUUCAAGCCUGAGGAAAUUGGCGUUGCCUUCAACGGCGGCAAGGACUCCGUUGUUAUGAUGGACCUUCUUGAGUGUGCAUUGGGACCUGAGAUGUUGUCGAGGUUUUGCGUGUUUACUCUUGGGGCUUCUGGAAGGGAAGAAUUUGGCGAAGUGGUCGCCUUCAGGGAAGCAUAUCUUGAAAAUCAUGGACUGACUGGAGUAAAGACGGAUGUAUCGCUGUCCAUGAAGGACGGUCUUGCGCAACUGAAGGAAUCAAAAGGAAUUGCUCUUGUUUUUAUGGGGACUCGCAGCAGUGACAGUGUGCAUCAAAAGAAGAGCGUGGAGCCCACAACGGCUGGAUGGCCAGAGAUGCUGCGUGCCUGCCCGGUUUUUCACUGGGGGUAUGAGGACAUAUGGGGGUAUAUUCUUGCGUACAGUCUUCCCUUCUGCAUCUUGUACAAAAUGGGAUACACGUCCCUCGGUCUCCGCGGAGCGACGGCGCCGAACGUUCUUUUGCGCCGCGGCGACGGCACCUUUCGUCCUGCAUGGGAACUGCAUGAUGAUUUGGAGGAGAGGAACGGCCGUGAGGUAAACUCCUCGUAG